UUGCUCCCCAGCGAAUUUUGAGCGCUCCCUAUAUACACCCCCAAUCGACACCUGGGGGGAGGUUGGGGGGUUGUCAUUUUCCUUUUUUUUUUCGUGGGGGAGGUGGCUUGCCCUGCCUCUGGAAGGAGCGCGUUUGCUCACCCUCGUCCUUCAAGCAAUCGAACGUCGCGCAAAACACCAUGGCCACCUCGACCGCACAACCACAACAUUACAAUCAAGAUUGCGGCUUCAAUUUCCAAUCGUGCACAGGAUCUUCUGCCGGAUUGUGGUGGUGUGUGGACUGUUCAACUCGGAUUUGUGACGGCUGCUGGCCAGUUGUCCCUGGGCACCGCGACGGGGCAACGGCGCGUGAUGGGCAACCUCAUGAGAAAACAGACUCCCGCCGCCAUGACCGGCUGCGAGAGAUCUUGAAUCCGCCUGUGACCGAAGAUGAGUUAGAGCGGCUGCAUGCAGCCGACCUCGAGACAACAUGGUUUGGUAUUAGCAAGAACCGAUCCCACCAGCCCUGCCUCCUGGACGGUGGUAUAUACAACUCACUCGUCGCACAGUGUCCAUUCCACGAUGGCCCCAAAUACCCUCAAUUGGUAUCGUUCAUCGGACAGACCAAUGCUGGCAAGAGUACUCUGAUUAAGAUGCUCAUUGAUCACGCUGAGACCCAAUCGAAUCUUGCAUCCUAUGCUUCCCCUGUCGUCGGCUCUUCAAUACACAGCCGCGCACCGACGUCGGCCGAUGUACACCUCUAUGCUGAUCCAAGGACAUACCCCAGUUCUAGACCACAAUUCUAUGCCGACGCUGAGGGCUUGGAUGCCGGAGAAGAGAUACCUAUAGGUGCACCGAGUAGACGAAAGUCAAAACUACACCGCACGAGGGGAGGGGGAAAACGGAUCCUGGAGUGGGCACGCUCGGCAGAGCAACGAGAAAGGCCAUAUAUAGUAUUGGAACUAUAUCCAAGACUGCUGUAUACCUUUUCGGAUGUUGUGGUAUUUGUCUUGAGAAACGAAAAGACCUUUGAGAAAACUGGCCUCGUGAGGCUCAUUGAAUGGGGCGCGGCAUCCCUCGAGACCUCUGUUAACCAACCAACAUUGCCUCAAUUGGUAAUUGUAGUGAACGCGGCAACAGUGAAUGUAGCAACGCAACAGGAGUGGGAUGUUGACUAUGCUACUGAGAACCUUCUUCGGUCUGUCCGACCAAGUCUGCAAAAGAAGACCUACUUCAAGAACCUAGCGCAAAGUUGGUCGUCUAAGGGUUGGCGCAUUGAUUCGAUCGAUGACCUGAUUAGAUGUUACUACUCUUCGUUCAGUGUGGUUCGAAUUCCCGCCGAAGGCCGCUAUACUUUACUUGACAGGCAGAUCGGCGCUUUAGGACAUGCGAUCAACACUUGCUGUAAGGAAUCGUUCAAUGCAAAACGUCGAGCAAAUAUGCUCUCGAAUUCCGAUGAGCUCAGCAUAUUCUUGCACUCUGCUUUCGAUCACUUCACUCGAGAUUUGCAGACCCCAUUCAAUUUCAUCGAGAUUUCGCGACGAAAUAAUCCCAUUCCACAGAAUUUUGGUGGGCAUAUUCUCCAGCUGGCUAUUUCUCUUCACAAGCAAGACCCUGAAGAGGACGGGAAGGAGAUAUUUCAUAUGCUCAGCUGCUUUGUGGCUUCGAGUGUGUUACUGGACUGUGUUCGUCAUCGGAAAGGGCUACCAUACGAUCAUAUAACCGACUACGACGACUACUUUCAUUAUGCUCUUCAAGAAUACUGCAAGUAUUAUUCGCCUUGUACCUUUGCGAAUGACAGGGGGAGAUGUGUAAAUACACGUUCGGCACACGAGUCGAAAGGGCAUCAGGACCAAAGAGGCAGAAUCAUCGCUUCAGGAUCCUAUCAAUCCGACUUUACGUACGAUGGAUAUUGUGAUAUCUGGGCCGAAAAUCUCGAUAGGGAUAUUGUAUCGUGCCAAAGGAAACUCGGAGAACUACGAGAUCAGGCCGUCUCAGACGAGAACCCCGCACUCCGACUUCAUAAAACGGCCAUGGAUCGUUUCUACCGUGCUUUUGAUACGGCUAAAGACUUCCAAAGCCAUACCGUCUGCUUUUCAUGUCUCAUGGGAAUCCCGCAACACUCGCUUCCGUGCGGCCAUGUUCUGUGUACCCCAUGUGUCAAGGAUUAUGGCAGAUCUCUGAAUAGUUCUGAAUAUAUUUUAGACCGCUGCCCGCUACACUCCGACGAUAGCUCCUGGAGAGAUGGUUGUGUUAUCCGUUUUAAGCCAGAUUUGGCAGGGGUUCGUGUGCUUUGUCUCGAUGGCGGUGGCAUUCGCAGCAUAGUAGAGUUGGAGGUUCUGCGCGCAAUUCAAAAAGUCGUCGGAGAUGGAAUACCGAUCCGGGCAUUUUUCGACCUCAUUGUUGGCACAAGGUGAGAUGAAAUCUCUGAUAUGUUCCUUUUCGUGAUCUAAAAUCCACAAGCACCGGGGGCAUAAUUGCUCUGGCACUCGGAUGAAAUUGGACCAUCGAUAAAUGCAUCCGUGAGUUUCGAACCCUUUGUCGCCAGGCAUUCACUCCCCGCGCACUGCA